CACCAGCAGCAUCAUACAUAUCUUUUUAUUUUUAUUUUUACAACAAUAACUUUUAUACAAAUAUUAGACAACAACAAAAAUAUCAUUAAAAUUUCUUCGUUUUCAUAUUUGUGAGUUAGUUUUGCAAGUAAACUAAAGAAAUGAGUCCUACUCUUUGGGUUUUGGUGGCCAUUAAAAUAUUCAUUAUUUUUUGGCUGAUUUAUUACAUCUUUGAGAGACGCAAGAGAAAAGGCUCCGACAAUAAUCUGGUCGUCAUAGAACAGGGAAUGGUUACAGCAUAUGCUGGCUCACCUGUAACUCAAGUUCCCAAAGACUACAAUGAAUACAAUCAGCAGCAGUUAUAUGCGACAUCUGCAAACACAAUACCAGCAAACAUUCAGCCCUCAGCUGGUGUUGGAGAUCCACAAUCAAAUAAGAUGCCAAUAAAAUAGGUUGAGAUGAUUAAGUGAAAUGAAAACAAUAUAGCUCAAGUCAAUUGUUUUUAGUUUUUUGGGUAUUAAAAAUAAAUGUAUAAACUAUUUUUUUUAUAUAUAACAAACGAAUAUCUUUCAUUACACUAAGAAAUACGAGUACAUUAUGUGUAAGAACACAUUUUAUACAUGUAACCUCUAUUUUGUAUUAAUUGUAAAAAAAUAAAUUUUUGGAAUUUUUUUUUUUGAUUUUUUUAUAUAUGUAUGUAAUAUAUAUCUAUAAAUAAUAUAUAAAUAAACUAACUGUACCAAUCAUUGACGAUGUUAAUAAAUGAAGAUUAUAAAACUCCUAAGAA